UUAGAACUUUAAGCUUCGAGAGAGAGAAAAAGAGAGAGAGAGAGAGGCAUAAAGAGAUGGCUCUCAGGUGGAUAGUCCAUACAGCAUGCAAUGUUUUAGGCUAUGAUCAAAACCACCCAAACAACAUCCACUGCAAAAAUGCUAUGGGCUACCAGAACCAAGUUCAUCCACAAGGUCUCCUCAACAACACCUCAAAGGUCACCACCACCACCACCACCACCAGCAAUUCCUCUUCAUCUUCAGGCUUCCAGAUGCCCCUUCAUUACCCUCGUUACUCCAAGGCAGACUACGAGAAGAUGGAGGAAUGGAAGAUCGACAUGCUUCUCAGAGAAUAUGGCCUCACUUUCCAGGGCACCCUCGAUGAGAAAAGAGCUUAUGCAAUGGGGGCAUUCUUGUGGCCGGAUCAAUUCUAAUCAUUCACCCUGGAGAAUUUUAUACCAUAGUUCUUCACAUAUAUAUAUAUAUAAUAAGUUCUGUUCAUAUAUUAUAUAUGAAGUUUAUGCUUUCAUGGUUAUUCUUCCAGACAAAGAGAGACCUAGUUUGGUAUGCUAAUGCUAUAUAUGUACUGUAAUUUGCUUCUUUUUUGUUAAUUACAUUACAUUAAUUUCUCUCUGAAAUUGAUUAAUGAAUUAGGAAGCAAUUUCUGGAUA